AUGCCACAGCCAUAUUCCAAACGCACUGUUGAGGUGGGUGAUGUUGGAUAUCUAAACGACAGCGGCAACUUUGUAUUUUCAUUUAAUCUUUUUCUUCCGGGUAACGAUCCCUUGAACCAAUUAUUCCGAAAGGGGCUUCCUGAGGGCUACAUCCCACUGGAUCCUCCCACCAACAACGAGAUUCUGAAAAUAUCUGAUUAUUUUGCGCCUGGAUCUGUUAUUGCAAGCAAUGGUGUCGAUGUCACUCGGGUUUCUGAGUCUCCCCUUCACCUCAAGUUCAGGUCUUCAGAGCCAGAAGCGGUCGCUCUUGUUCUGCCGGAUGGUGCCAGCAGAGAAGACUUCAAAGGACUAUCUCGCUUACAGGAAUACCUAAAGACGCACGCUGAAAGUUGGAUACAAUAUUUGAGCAAUGGAACGUUAUAUUCUGUUCCCAAUGGUGGUCUCUAUGUUAUCACAGGAUGUGACAAGGCGCCAACUUGCUCAACGGCUGUAUUCCCCUACAAACACUUCUUGGGGAGCAGGCAUACGUCUUUUGAAUUCGCAAAAGGUUAUAUGCAACCUGCCAGUAGGCUCGGUAUUGACUCUUAUGAAGGGAGAGACCACGGGCGUGAUGUUCAAGAGCAUUGUUUAUUCGUUCGCGGGAUACGGAUAGCACUUUCUGACCCCGAAUGGAAUAUACAAAUUGACGAAGGACUCUCCGAGGACACCCCCAUUUCGCCAUUACCAUUGACUCCCCCUAUCUCAGACCAGGUACUCCCCGCAAAAAUAGAUGUCGAAGAGCCCCUCCAGCUUGAGACCCGCAUCAAUAAUACCUGCAGCACGGACACUAUUGAUAGCGACAUUUCUCAAGAAAAUGAAGUUCAAGUCUGUAAAUAUCCAUUCCAUCCAUCAGACCUUAUUCUCCAGAUUAUGCUUUCCACGCAUCCAGAUACCAAGCUAGCUCUCGUUGACGAUUACACAUGGUCGCAGUUUGCAAAGAUUUCUCAGAAGGUUGGACUUCAUGAACCCGCCAGGGCUCCAUUGGUUUCUAGAUGCAAGCAAAAUAGCUUUAUCUCUGAUUGGGGCAUCUUGUUGGAUGCCAUAUUUAAAUCGCAUGUCGUUGUCGAGACUGACGAUGUUGAUAAGCGUUUAGGGAUUUUGAAUCUUAUCCCAAAGCAAAGCAAAAACUUUAGCAUGACAAUCUGGUUUGACAGUCUGCGAAAGCAACUUCGGUCACGUCAGUCAUCACCAGAACCGGUUUGGGCUACGGCCCUUGUCGUAGACCUGGUUCGCCAAGGUGAAAGCAUAAGAGGCCCGGGACAGAAAUUUGUGAUCAAUUAG